AUGAACCACCAUCCAAACUGGCAAUGUGUGAACGCCCCGUUAGGCUACAUCGGAAGUCACGUGGCAUGCACUAAUUGGAAGAGGUUCAUGCAUGCACUAAAAGAAGGUGAGCCCUACCCUGAUCUCAUGAGCAUAUCUUCCUCCAAGGCCAACAAUCCAAAGGGUCUGCGUAGCCUUGCCAGCUUCUCGAAAGUCGAGAUGGAGGCCAAGUUGAAGCACUACACCAAGUUCAUGUUUGUCCGUGAACCCUUUGUGCGCCUCAUCUCAGCCUUCCGGGACAAACUCCUGUCGUUGAAUCAAUAUUAUUACCAAGGUUUAGGCCGACUCCUUCUGCGUCGCUACGGCAACCAGUCUGACACCCCGUUGACUGUGAAGGAGGCGGUUGCGUCAGGCAUCCAGCCCAAGUUCUACCAUUUUGUCCAGCAUCUGCUGGACACAAAUGGCCAUAUGAAUGACUAUCACUGGAAGCAGUUGCACCGCCUGUGUCAACCCUGCUACAUCGAGUACGACUUUAUCGGGCAUCAGGAGACGCUUGAUGAAGACGCCCUGCAAGUGCUAACGUCCUUGAACAUGGAGAAGCUCAUCAAGUUUCCCCCGGCCUACCAAAAUGCGACGUCCCCUGCAACAUUGUCGAAGUGGUUUAAAGAAGUGCCCCUGGAGGACAGGAGGAAGCUUUACGAGCUCUACAAGAAGGACUAUGAGAUGUUUGGCUACGAACCACCUUACACUUUACUCAACAUCACACAAUAGAGGUGGAGCCUUUUUUGGGAGCUACUUGGUAAACUCUUGAGGACGUUCAACAUGGAGCACAGUCCUCCACCAAUGUAAUAAUCCUAAUUUGGUUCACACCUCCAUAGAUAACUUCCGAUUACAUUAAAACUAGUGCUGCCAAACAAAUACACUAUUAAUCAGCUUAAUUAUACAUUUUGACACAGAUGCAGUUUUAUUGUCAGAAUGUCAUACAGGAACAUAUUUUAAAUGUUUUACUCAAAUGUGCAUCAUUUACUUGCACAAAAUAGGUGUAUCUAAAGUUCAGUCAGGAUGUAUUUUGAAGUGAAAUUUGCCAGCGAGCACACCAGUCGGAAUCUCCUCACUCAUAUUUUCCGUAGAGCUGACCGCAAAGCAGUUCUGCUCAAAUCUUGAUUCUUUGGUGCAAUGCCAGGGGACGGGGUGCGUGUGACCCCGGGGAACAUGCUUUAUCAGAAUCAUGCAGUAUCGUACU